AUGGCAAACAGAAGAGCGAAUCCUCCGAGCUCCAUGGGCGAGGAGUGCCCAACAGUUCAAGUCGGUGGCCUCGAUCUUCAGCGAAUGAUGUCUCACUGGGACACCAAACUCAAUGCGUAUCCUGUGGUUGCCCAAGCGUCUCAUACAGUCGGAAUCCGCCCCUCUAUCCUUUUUGCAUGCUUCUCGGUUUUCCUCCUCUUUUCCCUUGGCUUCGGAUGGGGAGGAGGCAUUGUAUGCGAUUUGACUGGAUUUCUGUACCCAGCUUGGCAAUCCUUCAAGGCCGUUGAGACACCUGGCCGCGACGACGAUAAGCUCUGGCUGACCUACUGGGUCGUCUACGCCGCGUUUUCGCUCCUGGAAUACUUCGUAGACAUCAUUCUGUUCUGGGUCCCCUUUUAUUAUCUGCUCAAGUGUGCAUUCCUCCUGUACCUUUACCUGCCAUGGACUAAGGGUGCGGAGACUAUCUACAACCAGGUGAUUCGCCCCCACCUAUUGGAGCACGAGAAGUCCAUUGAUGGCGCAGUGGAACAAAUUACCCAGGUUGGGGCCUCCGCCGCAGAGGGUUUGCAACAAGCCUUGAACGACGGCGCUACCCUGGUGAAUCAGGCAGCUGGACUGGUUCGUCAGCGGAAACCAGGAGUUGCGCAUUAA